CAGAACCAUAGUGUGUGUCCAUCAAACAAAGGUUUUGCCGAUCUGACUAGACUCAUUUAUUCAAAACCCCUCGUCAACCUCAUCUUCGACUACGCGUCGUUUGCAGCUUUGCGCAAAAUCGGAGGAUAAGUUCUGGAUACAGAUGAAUUGGUAUAUUGAAUUGGUUGCACCAUUCUACGUCAUUGCCAUCGUGUGCCAAGCUCAUUAACGUCCUCAAUCAACUCCUUCAAAAUAUCGUCUUUGAUCAUACUUUCAAAAUUGUUCAAGAAUCGCAACGCUAUCUCAAUCCUAUUGCUCCUUGGUAUCCGUUCUUGUUCAUUCAUUUGGUUGGACCAUUGAUUCUCAAUCUCAUAGCCUGUCAACGCAAAACAGAAAACAAACAAACAUCAUGUCAGAUGAGCUCGAUUACCUCCAGCAGGGCUUCGAUGCCUCUUCCCUCACAAUGGCCCGAAUCCGCUCUAUAUUAGUUCAACAUAACAUCGAUUACCCUUCUAAUGCCAAGAAAGGCCAACUCGUCGAAAUCUUCAACAACGAUCUAGUCCCACAGGCAGGAAAGAUACUGCACGAGAGAGCGCGUGCGAAGAGAACGAGCCGAGGGAUUAUCGAUGUUGAAUCAUCAACAGAGACCAGCACUCAGGAGAGCACAACCGAAAGUACACGGGAAAGUGAUGCGAUACUACCACCACCGAGGUCGAGAUCUGCGAAGCAAGCACCUGCGAAAGCCAGAGCACCGGUGGAUAUUAGUGAUGAUGAACCGGCAAUGUAUAGAAACACCAGGAGAUCAACCCGAUCCAUAAGUCCAGUAAAGAGAAUGCCUAGAGCUAGUAGCCCCGAGAAAAGGACAAUGAAACCAAGCAGCAAACAUCCCAGGCAGGAGGAGGAGACUCCUCUGGAUUAUGAGGAUUUACUGCGAAAAUCCAGAAAAAGUACAACAGUUCAAACACCAAUGGUUGGGGCGAGGAAUAAUCUGGAUGAAGUGACACAAACAAGAGACUCGCGAAGAGAGACCAAUUUCACUUACGACAAUCCCUUUCAGAAAGGCUCGCCGCCUAGAAGACCUAUAUCGAGCCAUGAUAAUAAGAGGAAAAGCUUAGGUGGAAGUGCUAUGAAAGACCUAGAGAAGUCGAGGGCUUCGGUUCCGAGAAGACGCACGGCGUACCCACAAGCUAAUGAUGGAAUACGCCCACCAACUUCUUCCACUUUCGAAAUUCCUCUCAGUAGCCUCGAUGGUCUCAAGGACUAUGAUGAUAAUGGAGUAGAAAUUAGUGAGGAUUUCACUCCAGAGGCACAAUUCGAGCUCGAGCGUGAGCAACAGAGGGGACUCGCAAAAAUUCAGCCUCGAAAAAAAGCAUCAAACGGAGUUAGCAUGAGUGGACCUCUUUGGAUGGUCUUUCUUACAUUACUUGGCGGUUAUGCUGUUUGGUAUAGGCAAGAGAAGAUCGCUGUAGGUUUCUGUGGCGUAGGUAGAGAAGCGCAUUCGAUCAUACCCGUCCGAUCAAAUCUUCCGGAUUGGGUACAAGUAAUUGCCGAACCGCAGUGCGAUUGGUGCCCACAGCAUGCUUAUUGCAAUACCAACUAUGAAGUUCAGUGCGACCAAGAUUUUAUUCUCAAGCAUCAUCCUCUCUCGUUGGGUGGAUUCCUACCUUUGCCGCCAACUUGUGAGCCUGAUGGAGAGAAAGCUAGACGGGUCAAAGCGGUCGCGGAUCGAGCUGUUGAAGAAUUAAGGGAGAGAAGAGCAAAGUGGGAAUGUGGUGACUUAGUUGAUGAAGCUGGAGCACCUGAACCAACAGUCGAGAUAGAUGCCGAAGAGUUGAAAAAAGAAGUUAGUCAGAAGAGGAGGAGGGGAAUGGGAGAGGCUGAGUUUGAGGAGUUAUGGGUCGGUGCCAUUGGAGAAAUUAAGGGGAGAGAUGAAGUGGUUGUUGGUGCUGAUGGGUAAGUUGUAGAUUUUCUUCCCUUUUACCUCUUGCAUUUUUAUACAUGUAUCCUUCCCUUUAUUACACAAUAUCUUCUGACAACUCGGUUCACUAAUCAGGUUGAACAUUCCUGUUAUAGAUCAAACACCCUCACAAGUACCUCACUCGCACGUCUCCCCCUCACCUGUGCUAUCAAACGAUCCUUUAGAGUCACAUUGGCAAGACAUUAUUUCGAAAUUGGAUCUGUAGGUCUUGCUUUUAUCCUCUUUUUAUAUGUCCGUUCAGCCAUUCGCAAUUAUAGAGCUACCCAAGCUGUAAUCCCCUCUUUGGUUUCACUCACUCUAUCGCGUCUCGCCACUCAAGCAUCUCUUUACGCACAAGAUCCAGAUGCCGUAAAGGAGAGUUGGAUCAGUAUUGGCCAACUAAGAGAUGAUGUUUUACGGGAUGAACAUAGUUUGCAAAAGCGAGAAAAGAUCUGGACGAAAGUGAAGAACGUAGUGGAAAUGAAUGCGAAUAUUCGACCAAUGCAACGAGAGAGUCAAAAUGGUGAAAUCUCCAGAGUUUGGGAAUGGAUUGGUGCAUUGGAGGAUGUGGAGGGUAGUGUUAGGAGGAGGAAAAGUGAGAAAGUUAAUUGGGGAACACCGUUGAGGUAUGGGGAUAAGAAAUUGGAGAUGUCGACGGUAUCGCCUAGGUGGGAGGAACCGGGUUCGACACCUGCUUUUUAGAUAAAGUAUGUUUUAUGUAUACGUGUAUGUAUGCAGGCGAUUUAUCUAUUAGCCCUUUUUAGUUCAAUUCAGAAACAUGUGUUUUAUUU